UGGUUGUUUGCGCAAGUAAUUUCAUAAUGUCAUCAGACUAAGGUAAACAAAAAUAUCGGAUUCCAGCAUCGGACAAGGAUUAAAUGAUUAUUCUAAGUAAUGACAAAAUAAAGGCGUUUAAAGGAUUUUCGGCAUACAUGUCUCAGGGUUUUGUGAAUGGUCACAGUAUAACUUUGUCAGAGGGUAACACGCUGAUCUUUGACAUGACAGAAACCAACACUGAUGGUGUAUACAACACGACUACGGGUAUCUUCAUAGCGCCAUCUAGCGGAAUGUAUGGUUUUACUUGGACAAUUUGUGUAGAUGGGGCUUACAAUGAUGAUGGUUUUGGAGAAUUUGGGACAGAGUUGGUUGUUGAUGGAAACAUUUGUGGAAUAUUGCAUACAGAUACAGAAGUACGGCAUGAUGACGAAUGUUCUACUGGAUUCGUUAUUAAAUACAUUACAGAAGGUGGCGCUGCUAGUUUGAGGAAUAUAUAUUCACAUCAAGGUCGUCUUCUUAGCAACGAAAACCGAACACGAACAACAUUUACAGGAUGGAAACUGAAUUAG